CACGUGUAUCCUUGCAGAGAUCGGUCCAGGCUAUCCCUUCCCCAAGCAGGAUGAGAAAAGGAAGCAACCCCCCCCCUCACCCAACUUCACCCUUUUCUGCUCUUUCCGGUGUUGGCUGGCUUCUCCCUUCAUGCUACAUUGAGUAAUGAGGCAAGAAGCCGGCCUCCGCUGCCUUGAAGUGGAAAGAGAUGGCUGUCAUGCUUGCGCGCUUCACAAUUCACCAGGGAUGGCAGGUUUGAGCAAGUUUCCUUGAUGAGAAAAGCCCUUUGAAUCCAUUCUUUUGGCAUUUACUUGCUGAGCACCUACUACAUGCCAGUUAGUUAGAGCCUGAGCAGCCUCUCCCCCUUUUCUUUUUUUCAAAGUCGCUUAAACGCGACCAGAGGACAGAAGGAGGCUCUCGGUAACCUAGGAGUCCUGGCUCCGCCCCUUCUGCCUUUGGCCUUGCCUGCUCCUCCCAUCACCACUCAGAGGCGGCUACUGGUCCGCAACGGAGACCGAAAGCAGUCUCCGCUCUGCGCUGCUCCAGCUUCGGGCUUUAAGCCCUGUAGCUGAGAAGACACCUAAUGACCAAGGAGGCGGGCUCGCCGCAGCCGCUUCAAGGCCACAGCUAGAAGAGCUUACUGCGCACGCGCAAUAGAUAGCGAUGGAGCCACCGAUGGAGCAGUCCGGAGGGGAGCAAGAACCAGGAGCUGUCAGGCUCCUUGAUCUGCCCUGGGAAGACGUGCUGCUGCCGCACGUUCUGAACUGGGUCCCGCUGCGCCAGCUGCUCCGGCUGCAGCGCGUCAGCCGCGCCUUCCGGGCGCUCGUUCUGCUGCACCUGGCCAGGCUGCGCCGCUUCGACGCCGCUCAGGUGGGUCCACAGAUUCCACGGGCCGCACUAGCCCGGCUACUGCGGGAUGCCGAGGGGCUGCAGGAGCUGGCGCUGGCUCCUUGUCACGAGUGGCUGUCGGACGAGGACCUGGUGCCAGUACUGGCACGGAAUCCACAGCUACGGAGCGUAGCGCUGGCCAGCUGCGGCCAACUGAGUCGCCGAGCGCUGGGGGCGCUGGCUGAGGGCUGCCCGCGUCUGCAGCGCCUUUCGCUGGCUCACUGUGACUGGGUGGACGGGCUGGCACUGCGUGGCCUCGCUGACCGCUGUCCGGCUCUGGAAGAGCUAGACCUCACCGCCUGUCGCCAGCUCAAGGACGAAGCCAUCGUGUACCUGGCGCAGAGACGCGGCGCGGGCCUCCGCAGCCUCUCGUUGGCAGUCAACGCCAAUGUGGGGGACACCGCGGUCCAAGAGUUGGCUCGAAACUGCCCACAACUCGAGCACCUCGACCUCACAGGCUGCCUUCGGGUCGGAAGCGACGGUGACUUUGGCGGAGUACUGCCCGUUGCUGCGGUCGCUGCGAGUGCGGCACUGCCACCAUGUGGCCGAGCCCAGCCUGAGUCGCUUGCGGAAGCGUGGUGUGGACAUCGACGUGGAACCACCCCUCCACCAGGCUCUAGUGCUGCUCCAGGACAUGGCAGGCUUCGCACCCUUUGUCAACCUGCAGGUCUGACUGACUUUCCGUUGGGCGGGAGCACAGCUGGACUGUGUAGUAGGAGCCCGACUCUGAGUCUUAGGGAAACUGAACUGUGGGGGCUUGUGGUUGAGAGGCCCGUGAUGUGCCCUGCCCCACCCUGGAGUUUCAAAUAAAGAGCUUUUUACCCCUUCUUGCCUGAUGCAUGGGGGAUGCGAAGGCAAGAGCAGGUCAGACAGACACAGGAACUUUUCU